AAUCUGCUUUCCACUCCGCCCCCUGCGCCGAUCCUCACCUCGCGGACAUUAUUCGUCGUCGCUAUCGAGCACGUUGAUGGCACGAUGGCAGGCUCGGGGACACACUCGUUACACACUCUGCUUCCAACUGCAUCGUUCAAUGACGACGUGCAUCACUCCAAUCCCCUUGGCGGAUAUCCACUACGCGCGUACGGCAGUGGCAGGCAGCUCUUGCCAAUUGCACAUUCUGCAAGCAGCCUCGACGCCUUUGAUGGCAUUUGGCUUUACCGUGGCUGCGUUCCCCCAGCGCAAGGGUGCCUUUGCCAUUCAACCCGGCCAAGAACAGACGGUCUGGAAGGUUUACGGCUAAUCUGUCGUAGCUUCGUCCUUUAUCUCUUGAAUCUUUGACUACUGACCACAUCCGUACUCCGGCCGCACCUUCUCCAGGUCGGAGGUGGGUCACUCUCCCGUCCAAGGCUUGUGCUUGGGCGCCGUGGAGGAGGGGCCAGGAACUCCACCUUCCACUCACUACUGCCUCGUCCUCCACUCAUCGGCAGGUAAGGAAGGAAGCACCACUACCCGACGGCGUGCACUUGGACCGUUGCUUGGCAUCGAUGUGUUUCAUCGAUAUAUAUC